AUGAGCCUCCCUGUCAAGCCUCUCUCGACCGUCGACCCCCACUGGAUUAUCCCUGUCCCGCUCUAUUUCGCGGGUUUCCCGGUCUCUGCGCACUGGGCAUAUAGUCUGGCUGGUCGGUUAUCCGACAGCAUGGGUUUUAAUGACAUCGAGAUUGAGGUAGUCAGUAGGUGGCACGAUAUGGGCGAACCUGAACCGUUCAUGGCCCCAAGGUUCUGCCGUUCGGUGACAGGAGACUACAUCAUCUACUUUUUGUCUAUCACCGGUACAGAACCCGAAAUGCACCGCAGCGAGCUGGAAUAUUUUUAUAAGCACAGGGACGGUAUACUCGCUCGGGCUAUGGACCUCUUGAGACUGACCGAGGACGAGAAGGAGCUGGUUAAAACCAAGUUGUUUAAGUGGCAUCGGCAUAUGAAGACUAAGAAGAGGGAGCCAGCGUUGGGGGAGGGUGAAUGCUUGAUGUGGACCCCUCCCAUUAGGAGCAGCGAGGGUCCAGUGGGCACAUCCGCGCUCGCUGAUUAA